AUGGAUGACCGUCUAUUUCCCCUGUUGUGGAGGGAAAAUGUCCGUUUUGCCCUUGGGGCUGCAUUUUGCCUUUUUGCCCUUCCUGUGGGUGGCCUAUUCCAGGACUGGGUCCCUGUGUGUGGCCGAUCCCAGGGCUGGGUCCUUGCUCCGUGGAUAGAUGUACACCUGUUGCUUUCCCAUUGGAGGAUGUUGCCUGCCUCGAACAAACUGACUUUCGAGGCAAGCUGCAAGGACGAAAAGAUUUUCUUUAAAGAGAUGAUGAUGAUUUAUAUGUAUGUAGUCAAGUUGUUCGUCCAGAAACGCAGCUUUUGUUUGCAACUGGUAGAGAUAUUGCUGAGGCUUGAUAAGUAUUGGAUUUAUAUUGCCUAA